AGAAAAAAAAGAGGAAAUAUCGUAAAAUAAUAAUAAAACAAAAUAUCUUCAAUACCCUGCUCCCCCACUCUAAAAUAAAGAAUCGAUAAAAAGUGUUGCCAAAAUGCAAAAUGGGCGAUGCGCACGCAACGGCUAGUUAACUAUAAAGACGCCCCACAGCCAGCACUAUAAGGAAACUAAUUAGGCAGCUCGCCGAUUACAAAUAUGGAACAUUUACGUCGACUGUGUGUGUCCUUUCAAACUUGGAAUUUCCCCACUAAAAAAGACGAACGAGCAGAUGUACACGAGGAAAAGAGAAAAUGUCGACAUAAUGUCAAUCUGCAACCAGAAAAACCGGUCGGUCAAAUGACAUAAACAAAACAAAUGAGAAUUUGCGUUCGUCUUUUCUUUUUGUCUUUACGAAUAGGAAGACGUCCGAUCACGUCAUCAUCUUUGCUAUAGUCCACCUUACCUGACGAUGCGUCAUACGCCAUUCCCCCACGACCGAGGAGGAGGAAAAGGAGGGUUAUUCGAAUACAGAAGGUUGUUCCAUUUCCUUUUCGCAACAGCCAAGAAACUUCUUCCUGCAUUUUGUUUUUACAUGUGUGCAGAGUCCCGUCUGUCCGGCGACCACCACCCACCGCUGAAAAGCGAGCCCUUCCCCCCCUCUCCUCACUCUCUUACAUUGCCACAAGACACGUCUUGUAUGACGUCAUUCUACCGGGAUUGACAUGGGUGGUGGUGUCGGCAGCGGUGGUGGCGUCUCGAGCUCAGUCAAACCGCACAACUGCGAUUUUUAGAUCGUUUCAAUCGUUCAAUCAGUUCGGUUUAUAGUUGCGUUCACUAACGCGAGACGUUCUGCUUUUGCGUGCGUGAUACUGGGCUCGCGUGCCCAUCAGUGGCAACAUGGACAACAACGACGGCCAGGCCGUCGCUUUUACGCAACACUUUUCAUCGGGCCCGCCGUUAGCCCUCGUUCUAAAGGACGAUGGCGAUUUUGAUACGAUGGCCAUUGAGAAACAAGAGGAAUGGAUCAAGAAACGCAAAGUGGAGCAGGUGACGACAAAACAAAUCGAAACGAGAGUCAAGAGACAAGUGGUCGUCAACGAAGAUGGUCAGGUAUUGGACGACAGUGGGCCACAGGUGACCACCCGGACGACCGAAGACACGGAAACCAAACGUGAGGAGCACACGGAGAAAACGGGCGGUGACGAAGACGGGACGGUGGCGACAUUGCCGCCAGAGGGCUGGGUGGCCAUUCCUGGUGCCGUAAUCGUCCGCGAGAAGCACGAAAAGAAAUCCAACACUCGCGACGAAAUCGACGAGCGACUAGAAACCGAAGAAGUUCAUCAUUUGGGUCAUCUCACUAACCAGGAAUUGGAAGAGGCUUUGGAGAGGCAGCGUGAGACGGGCCAAGCGUUGACUUGUCGUCGGCGUCAAUCGUCCGUCAGCGGCGGGAGCAGCGGGAGUGAGAGCGGUGAACGGCAGUUGGUGGCUCCCUAUUCGACGGGCAAGCGAAUCGUUCAUCAGUCACGCAAGCACAAGCGCAUCAUCGACCAAGACAACACUGAGGAGCGCAGCGAGGAAAAAGACGGUCGCAUUACAACGGAAACGAAACGUCACGAACAUCACGAAGAGAUUGACGACAACGAAGAGCCAGAAGACGAACGUCCAGCGUCCGACACUUCGUCCAUUCACGAGGUGGUCAAAGAAUCGCGAAAUAAUUACACGACCCACCAGGACGAAGAUCAGGUGGAAUACGUUGUGGUGCCAAAGGGCGGCCAUAUCUCUGGCGGGGUGAAACUAGGACACGGGCCGCUUCAAACGACACAGAAAACGGUGCAGUACGGCGAUCCAGACGUCGUAGACGGCCAACAGGCCAGCAGGUUGAACGGCUACGUUGCCGAGCAACAGCAGUUCGCUUCUCCUGCUCCCGUCCAGCCCAGCAAGUUGGUGGCUCAAGCUCCCGUUGGCACUCCGCAAGAGACUGCGGAGCAGACGGCCGAGCGGACGGACGCGCUGACCAAAAAACCGCUCGACUUGGAAGCCGAAGAGGAGACGAGGAAGUUGGAAACGUCGCGUUGGCUGGACAGCCAUUUCGGCAGCGAAUCGUCGACUCCGAGUUCGACGGACGGCGGAGGCGGAUCCGCAAAAGGCAGUAAAAUAGGACUAGCCGGAUCGAAAACGGGCAAAACGUCCAAGGAGAAGAUGCCCAGUCAAGUCUCCAGCGGAGGGAUCAACGUGACGAUGAAGUCCGAUCCUUCCGGCUCGGAUCGCUACGAUCCAUCGCAGCCAUUAGCCAACGAACCGCUGGCCAACGCGCGGAUCUAUUCCACCGGCUUCAACCGGUCGUCGACGCAACAACAAUCCCAGCGGAUUCAGGCCGGACCGCAGUCGCCCAGCUACAAGAAGAUGUCGCCGCCCAGCUAUCAGAGCCCUGUGAACAAUGGCAAACCGGAAUUGUACCGCAACCUAUCGGCCGGGGAUCAAGAGCCGGUGAAACGGGCCACGUCGUUCAACCAUUCGGCCGGAAGGGCCACCGGAACUUAUUCGUGGAUGAAUAAAGAAGAAUUGAAAGGUCACCAGAGCAAUCCGCUGGCUGCGCGUCAAUCAUUCCUGCAAUCCAUGAACAAGCCGAUGCCGGCUGAAAAGUACCACACUCCUGCCAGUGCGGGCCAGCAGAUGAACCAGCAGCCGACAUACGCGGCCCCCAACAGCCAAGUCAGAAGAUGGCCACCUCCGGUCAAACCUCUCGAUGAUGACGACGCUGAAGAUCUGCGCACGUCCACUCCGGUCUACCAGGCCCCGCAUCAACAUCAGACUCCGAACCGAUCGGGCGGGACGAUCAUCCGAUUGGGACCGACGCUGGAUUAUUCGUCCAGCAACGGCCGCAAACCGCCCGGCCCCAAUUCGGGGAUAACUCGCACGCAGAGUUUGUUGCACACGCCUGGAACGAAGCAGCAGCCGUUCAGUCAGCAGGAUGCCACUCCGGAGAGGAUGUAUUCCUCUCCGGUCAGCAACAACAUGGUCAAUCAACAACACAACACGACCAGCCGGAUGAAUUUGCUCAACUCUUCGCUUCAGUCGGUGCCGGAACGCGAGCAGAGGUCCAAUAAUUACUCGUCCCAAUCGCAGGGCUAUUACGUCGACACGGAGAAAUCGUUCCAGAGCCUCAACCGAUCGAACACGAGCGUCAAUUCAAAGGGGAUCCAGUCUUACGCAAUUAAAACGCCUCCGCCGAGGCCGGCUCCGCCAUCUUCCAAUCACUACGGUAGUCCAACGUCGAUGUUUCUCGGACCCAACAACAACAACAAAGUUCGCGUUUCGGAAUCGUUCCGCAGCCCCAAAUCGCCACCCAUGUUCGCUGUGGAAGAGCCGGCCAGUCCGCCCGUGCGUCCGGUUAGACGCAAACAAUCGAAAAGGAUCAAUGCGACUACCGUCAAAACGGACUCUGGAACUCAGUGCAAUCCACAAACGAUCCGCAACGACACGUUCCAGCAACAACAGCAGCAACAGCAACAGCAAUACCAGAGCCAAACGCUGGACAGGCCCGGCGUGAAACCGAUGAAGAAGUACUACAUGGGCGAAGAUCCGUUCACGGCCAGCAAGGCCGUCGUCGUCAACGGCAAAAUGGAAGUAGAUAAACUGUCGCCCGUUCAACCGAAUCGAGCGGCCCGGAAUGAAGUGGUCCGUUCUCAGACGCUGCCGCGACGGCCGAGCAAACAGCCGUUGCUGUCCGACACGUCGAUGAACAACAGCGCCAACAUCAGCAACAACAUGACGAAUAAUCUGAGCAGUUCGCGAUUCUUUUCCGACCAGGACCGCAGCAUGAACGAGACGAUUGGCGCCGCUUUGAACCCGAGUGGCAUCAACAAAUCAACGAGCCGCAUCGUGCCAAUCACGCCGUCCAAGAGCGUUCCAAACAACAACAACAACAACAACACAAUCAGCAGCAACAGGAACAACAGUUUGAGCGUCACCAACUUAACGUCGGCCGUCAACCGUAGCCAAAGCUUUCAAGUGGGACACAAUCAGAGCACGUCGACCGCAUCCAACGUGACGGCCAAUAACAAUCCGGCCGGCGGAUUGCAACAGCGGCGAUCGAGUCUGUUGAGUUCGACCCCGUUGCGCUCCGUCUCGAUCCGCGGCUCCAAUUUGAACAGUCCGCUCUACAAGUCGACGUCGUUCUUGAACCGGACGAGCGGCGCGGAGCAGCCGUUCGCAUCGCUCAAGAGUCCGGGCAUCGUGACGAGCAUCAGCAAGAGUCAACUGGACCUGAACAAAUCGACCACAGAGUUGAAUAGCUUCCAGCAACCGCAGCCCUACUCCAGUUCGGCGCUGUACACGUUGCCGAGGCGUCGAAGUAACGCCACAUCAACCACCGCCGCCGCUAACCCCAAAGUUGCCGAACCCGACGCCGAGUGGGUCAGACAGCCGGUGGACGUCCAGCCGUCGCAGUCGGCUCAGACGUCCAGCAAAGUGCAGUCGGGCAUCAGCGAGCGUCUGGCCCAACUGUCGUCACCACCGACGUCGCCGACGCUCGACGAUUCGACCAGAGGCGAGAGCUACUCGUCGCUGCAUCGACGCAAGAUGCAGGCAGCCGCUGCGGCUGUUUCUUCCGCCAGUCCUUCCACUCCGCCGCCUCCGCCGCCUCCCCCGCAACCGACCGAACCGCCAGCUCAGCCGUUGAGCUUCCAGUCUUCGACCAAAUCGACGCACCGCAGCUUCCGCGGCGUCACCAGCGACACCAUCAAAGAGGAGAACGAAAGCGCAGGCCUCAACACCAAAACGCAGGAGAGCCAACACCCGGAACUGGAACCGGAAGCGAGGAGUUUGAAAGAUAGGAUCGCCUUCCUGGAAAACGCCGGCAUUCAUUACGCCAAUCCGGCGCAGACGCUGCCCCGCGUCGUUGGAGGCAAACCCAAACCGCCUCCGCCGGCCACUCCGCCGAAGACUUACAACUCGCCCGCCCCGCCGGGGAUGAGCAAAGCGGAGCGGAUGGCGACCAAGGAAGAAUCGCCCGAAGUGGAAUCCAUUGAGAAAAGGCAGAAAUUCUUGGAGGGACUGCUGAACUCGGCUCCGGAACUCUUCAUGCACAUCCACGGAGACGAGAACCUGAAAGACAUCCGCAUCAAUCGAGAGGAUGUGAUCGACGGUAAAUCGCCGGAGGGCCGCCUUCCGCGCACUCCGUCGCCGCCCAGCCAAUCGGCGGCUGGAUUCAACAACAACCGCGUCUACACCAGCACUCCGGUGGCCGGCGGCAAGAUCAACCAGCCAGCUCCGCUGACUCCGCCUCCUUUGCUCAUUCGCAACAAUUCCGGCGGAAGUCCGUUCGGCUCGCAACGGGACCUUCUGACGCCGCUGCGUCGCGGCUCGCUGACGCUCAGCAACGCCGGCUCGAUCGGCAGCAAUGGCGGCGUCAUCAUUCCGGCUGUCAAGAUUCCGGCUCCGGUCAACUACUCGGAGACGGUGCGCAUCAAAUCCAACCAGGAUCCGGACAGCCAAAGCGACUCGAUUCAGAGCUACUCUAAGCGGGUGCAGCCGUUCGUCGAUGGAUUCAGCAGCGAAACGAAGCAGAGCAGCCAGCAGACGACGAUGAGCCGUUCCGAGUACACGACGUCCGAUCGGCCGAGCGAUCACGCCGACAUGCCGCGCCUGUCGCCUUCCAUCUACCACUCGAUCCGGCCGCAGCAGUCGGGUGGCGUCAUCAUCACCGUUCGGGGUAACGAUGGGCAGUAAAGAAAAGCAAAAAUUAAAUGAAGCGUGCCAUUUUAACGUUUACACCAACCAUAUUUUAUUUUUUUUUUAAAUUGUUAUUUUUUAAUUCCUUCGAUUCUUUUUUCUAAUUUCGAUCGUUUUUAAUUUUUAAUGAAUCGCUUAUGAGAAUUACUAGAAAAUAUCCAACAGCAGAUCCACAAUCAUUAAAAACGUCAUUAAAAUGGAAAGGGGGGUGGAUUAAGAAUUUCAGCUUCUUUUUUUCUGUUUGGCUCUAAAUUUUUUUUUUUUUAUGCCUUUUAAAAAACAAAUUUUUUUAAUCACUUUUUAAUAUAAAUAAAUAGUAUAUAUAAAUUUGGAUGAUGUACACCCAAACAGCUCUUACUUAUACCAGCAAAUGUAUAUGCAUUUUAAGGAGACAGCGACGACCUAAACAGAUCGAAAGAAACGCCCAAUAAUUCAUAAUGAAUACGGCAUAGCAUUUGAAUAUAAAGCUAAAUAUUAUAAAUAUUGUAUGUAAGGUUUUUUUGUUUUUUUUCCUGCUUUAUGGUAAUUUUCGUUGCGAACAGGUGUUAACAUAGGAAACGAUUAACAAAAGCACAACCCAACCCCAAAACGGUCGUAUAACGAAGCUUUUUUGGAACACAACUAUCAAUAAGUUACGAAAGCAUUUUCCUUUUUUUUUAAAUGCUCCACCUUCUUCUUUUGACCCAUUGCCCAAAAUUACGUUGACAUGCUAAUUUUAAAAACAACAAGCGCAUUGUUCUUAAUUUUUUAAUGAUUCUUUUCCUUCUUUAACCGGGUUAUGGCGCGUGCGCUUUUUUUUUCUUAAUUAAAAAUUUAAACUGGAUAAGUUUAAUGCUCGCCUGCAUCGAUAAACUUGUUUGUGAUUUCUGUUGGAUUAUUUCAUUUUCUUUUAUUAUUAUCUUUUCUCCUUUCUCCCACCAUACCAGUUCUUUUAAAUUUUUUUUUUUGCUCCGUUUCUUGUUUUCAAAAAUCUUUUUUGGCAAUUUAUUGACCCGACUUGGAUUCCGAUUUUAAACAAAUACAUUGAACUCCAGCUGUU